AUUUUUUGCUUCCUAAUGUUCAAAUGUUUCAGAUUUGAAGAUCAACUUCAGCAGUUGUUGUCUGAAGACUCAGGAACAUUUACAGAUUCAACUUCCCUUCCCCUCUACCUUCCUCAGACUCUGGUGUCUCUGCCUCAGACUAUCCAACCUGUGAUUAAAACAUCCACAACUACUAGCCCACAGAAUGAAAGGACAGGGGAACAACUGCAAUUGUCAGAGGCAACUGGCACAUCUUUGACUGAACGGCUGAAGCACCUGGAAAGGCUGAUCCGAAGUUCAAGGGAAGAAGAAAUUGCCUCAGAGCUCCAUAUCUCCACACUGCUGGACAUGGUGGACAUUUGAGCUGCAGACUUGAGAGUGGGAGGGUCUUUCCAGAGAUUUCCUUGAAAUAAACUUAUUCUUGACUAGAGGCCUGAUGCACGAAAUUCGUGCACUGGGGGGUGGGGAGGUUCCUCAGCCCGGCCUGCUCCCUCUCGCAGUCCGGGACCCCUCACUCCUUACCACCCACCUGCUCUAUUGAUGCACUGUUGGAAAUGUGACAGUUAAUUAUGCAAACAAAACAUUGAAUGUCUAAGG